GGGAGAGUGGUCGCAGCGAAGCUCAGGUGCGGUACGACCGGAGCGGAGAAUGGGACCUACAUGUCUGUCGAAGACAUCACCGUACCUCAGAGGGGAUGUGGGUCCUUAGGGCAUGCACAUGAAGAUAAUAUGGUGUUAGACUAACUGGAGCCGACUUUUUCAGCUUCAAGUAGUUAUGGAGAUCAUAGCUGCACUGUCGGGUGCAACAGUUGCCCGACUUGAUGAGGAUGAAUUGCGUUGCAUGGUGGAAGCGGGGCAAGGUGUUGGCAAUCUGAAGCUGCACCUUUCAGCUCACAUUGGAUAUACGAGAUUUCAGCAGAGACUCUUACAUGAUGCCAUCGAAUUAGAAGAUGACAUGCCAUUACAGUUCAUGUCAACCAUUCAGUUGGUUGUCCUCAACUUCCGCGCACCUGACGAGAUUCUUGCUCAGCAGCUGCUUAGCUCAUGUGAGCACAACAUGCUGAGCACAUUUCAGAGUUUGCUGAAACUGCCCCUAAACCCGAACUUGAAAGACAGAACAACCCAAGACACGGCUUUGCAUAUUGCCGCCGAUCGCGGCAGGGCUGAAUUUGUACGCUUAUUGCUAGAGGCAGGGGCUGACAAAGAUGCAAAAAAUGCCUAUGGGGCAACGGCAUUGCACCUUGCAGCCCAAAGAAGCCACUUGGAAGUUGUGCGAUUGUUGCUGGAGGCUGGAGCUGACACAGAUGCAGAAUUCACACAUGGGAUGACAGCUUUGCACUUGGGAGCCCUGCACGGCGACUUUGAAGUUGUGCGAUUGUUGCUCGAGGCUGGAGCUGACACAGAUGCAGCAAAGACAAAUGAUGGGACGACAGCUUUGCACUUCGCAGCCCUGCACGGGCACUCUGAAGUUGUGCGAUUGUUGCUCGAGGCUGGUGCGGACAAAGAUGCGGAGAAUGCAGACGGGGCAACGGCUUUGCGCAUCGCAGCCGAGAAAGGCCACUUAGAAGUUGUGCGAUUGUUGCAAGAAGCAGGGGCAGCUUACACAGUGCUGGAGUUUCUGAGUGCCGCUAUUUGGAAUGUAUGCUAUUGUUGUCUGGACACAGUAGAUGCUGCGGUUGAGGAGUGUUCUUGGCUACUUUGCGGAUCGGCUCAGAAUGGCCACUUGUAAGACUAGACUAUAAAUAGAGCUGCUGGAAGAAAAAC